AGGAGGAGGAAGGUGGGACGUCCUCCGGGUGUGAGGAAGAGGAGCACAACCAAACGUUCAUCCUGCAGGAGCUGAGCACACUGCUCGUCACUUCCACGAUCUUCUCAUCCUGAUCUCGCACACAUUUGUUUCUUCCUCCAGAGUUCUCCGUGGGCGUGCACGCAGGCUUGGAGGGCGGGGCUGGACCGGACUUCACUUCUCCCGGCUGGGCUUCGGGACUUGGUCAGUCUUCCUGGCCGGAGAGCGCCAGCUCGCGUCUCGCUGCUGCUUUUGGAUCCUUCCGGGACUUUUCUUCCCUCCUCGUGACGUCGGAACGAGCAUGCACGGUUCUGCGGUUCCUGCCUGAGGCUCCCGGAUCAAAGCCACUACCCUCACCCGGGACUGGACCUGGAUUAGCAGGAGCAUGGAGACUUGGUGGCUGUUUGUCGGCGCCCUGGCUGCAGUCCUGACCGCCCCGAGGGUGACACAUGGAGCGUGCGUCCACGAAGGAUCCCUGCAUGCGAACAACUCAUCAUGGAGGCCGCAGUCGUGUGAGGAGUGCACGUGCUACGACAACGUGGUCAUCUGCAGGGCCGUCCACUGUCCAAACCCCCAGUGUGACUUCCAGAGGGGGGAGCGCUUGAGGAUUCCUGCCGGUCAAUGCUGUCCCGAGUGCGUCGCCUCCCCCAAGGGCUCGUGCAACUACGAGGGGGUCACCUACGCUCAUGACAGCCGGUGGAGUCCUUCCAUGUGUACGCUGUGCGAGUGCUCCCGAGGCGCCGUAUCCUGCGCCGCUCGCCAUUGCCCGCCCCUCCGUUGCCCUGACGACCACAGCCCGUUCACCCCGGCCGGGGAGUGCUGCCCCAAGUGCGGCCCGACUGGAGCGUCUUGUUCCUGGCAGGGCUCAGCGUACAUGGAUGGCGAGGAGUGGCAGCCCAGCCGGUGCUCCAGGUGUGUUUGCGACAACGGGGACGUCCGCUGCUCGGUGGUCGAGUGUCCGCCAGUGUCCUGCAAACCUAAUGAGAACUUGGUGAUCCCGCCCGGCCAGUGUUGUCCUCAGUGCGUCUCCAACCCGUGUCUGUCAGCUGGCAAACAGUACCAGAAUGGCGAGCAGUGGCAGAAGGACGCCUGCACCACGUGCGUGUGCGAGCGCGGCCAGUCUAAAUGUCACACACACACCUGCCAGGCAGUCACCUGUGAGAAGGGCCAGACCAAAGUAAGGCGUGCGGACCAGUGCUGCGACGAGUGCGCGGCCGCCCGAGGAAGCUGCCUGUACGAGGGCGUGGUCCGUUACCACGGAGACAUGUGGAACGCCGCCGGCUGCGAGUUCUGCGCCUGCAGCCGCGGUCAGGUCCUGUGCCAGAAGGCGGAGUGCGGACGCGUAGAGUGCCCGCAGGGUUCGGAGCUGGUUCACCAAGCAGGAACGUGCUGCCCGCAGUGUUCCUCGCAGAACACGUCCUGCGUGUACGAAGGAAAAACAUACCAGGACGCCACUCGCUGGACCGACGCCGCCUGCAGGGAGUGCGAGUGUCGCGGCGCCCGGGUGACGUGUUACCUGCGGUCCUGCCCCACCUGCCCGCCGGGCACCUUGGUCGCCGCCCCGCAGGGAGAAUGCUGCCCCCGGUGUCAGCAAGUUCCGUGUCAUGCGGACUGCCAGUCCUGUGUGGGGACUCCUGACCGCUGUGAGAGCUGCAAGGACCCCAAAGCCGUCCUCCACCUGGGCCGCUGCCUGCCCUCCUGUCCUGACGGCUUCUUCGCCGACGGAGGAGCGUGUGCAGCCUGCCCGUCAUCCUGCACCAUCUGCUCCAGCAGGUGGUCUUGCCAGUCCUGCGGCCUCCAGCGGCCCCUGCUGAGCGCCGACAGCGGCCAGUGCCUGGCUUCCUGUCCCGCUGGAACCUAUCAGGACCAGAACCGACACUGCCUGCGCUGUUCCGAGCCGUGCUCCGAGUGCGGCGGUCCGAGCCCACAGGAGUGUGUGUCGUGUUCCGACCCGGCAGCCCUGCUCAAAGACGGCGAGUGCGUUCUAGACUGCGGUACCGGGUUCUACAGUCGAGACGGCGUCUGUCACGCGUGUCACUCGUCCUGCGCGUCCUGUUUCCCCGACGACCCGAAGUGCAUGAGCUGCCUGCCUGGCAGCGCCUUGCAUCACGGGAUGUGUGUGUCCCGGUGCCCGGCGCAACACUACCAGGACGACAGGAGCAGAUGCCGAGCCUGCCACAGCUCCUGUGCGUCAUGCUGGGGUCCGUCGGCGUCCCAGUGCAUGUCCUGUGCACAUCACCUCCUCCUCCACCAGGGGCAGUGCGUGGAGGCGUGCGGAGAAGGGCUGUACUCGCAGGCACACACCUGCCACAACUGCCACCCGUCCUGUCGCUCCUGCGUGGGACCGCUCGCCUCCGACUGCCUCGGCUGCCUCAAAGCGGAGGAGGCGCUGGCGCCGCAGUCGCAUCACCUCCAACACGGCGUCUGCGCGGCCGCGUGUCCCGCUCGCAGCUUCCUGGACGACGUGCACACGUGCAGAGAAUGUCAUCCCUCCUGCUGGCACUGCACUGGACCAUCUGCAGACAACUGCUCGUCCUGCCCUUCGCCGUCCAGCCUGCACGAGGGACGCUGUGUCCCUGCCUGCCCACAAGGCUUCUUUGUCCAGGAAAGCCAGUGUCAAGUGUGCCAUCCGUCCUGCCAGACAUGCUCAGGUCCCUCCCAGGCCGACUGCUCCUCCUGCCCCCAGCUGGCAUCGCUGCACAGCGGCUACUGCAGGACAAGCUGCGAGGAGGGACAUUUCCUCAGCGCCACGACUGCAGAGUGCCUCAAGUGCAGCUCCGAGUGUCAGCGGUGCACGGCGGACCUCCAGACGAGCGUCGGCAGCAUCUGUCUGUGGUGCGAAGAGUCCCGGGCCUUGUUGCUAGGCGACCACUGCGUCCCCCACUGCCCCCGGGACCACCACGCCUGGCACGGAGCCUGCAUCAGAUGUGAUCCGUCAUGUGAGGCCUGCCGGGGGGCCGGGCCUCUUGCCUGUACUUCCUGCUACGCCCCCGGCGUUCUGCUGCCCUCAGGUGCGUGCGCCCCCAGAUGCCCCCUGGGCCACUACGACAACGGCCACGGAGUCUGUGAGGCGUGCGACCAUCAGUGCCUGACGUGCGACACGGGGGGGGCGUGCACGUCCUGCCGCGACCCGGCCAAGGUGCUGCUGUUCGGGGAGUGCCGCUACGAGACCUGCGGCCAGCAGUACUACCUCAACGCCACCACGCGCACAUGCAGAGAGUGCGACUGGAGCUGCAACGCCUGCAGAGGCCCCCUGCGCACCGACUGCCUGCAGUGCAUGGAGGGAUACGUGCUGCUGGACGGAGUUUGCACCCACGGGUGCCCGCCGGGGUCCUACCAGGACGGAGACGGAUGCCUCGGCUGCGACGACCUCUGCGCGGAGUGUGGAGGUCCCGGCCAGUGCCUGCGGUGUCAGCCUCCCUACGCCACCUUGCACGGCCACUGCGCACUGCGAUGCGGCCGCAACUACUUCCUGGACGCCCCCGCACACGCCUGCCGACCGUGCUCCACCGACUGCGUGCUGUGCGACGGCGUCGGACUCUGCCGAGCGUGCGGACGGCAGACCUUCCUGGUGGAGGGAUACUGCACACCCGACUGCGGACACGGGUACUACGCUGACCACAAGACCAGAACCUGCCACGCAAACAGCAGCCCCCCCACGCUCCACGUCAACGGUUCCCUGCAGGUUCCUCUCGGUGGGUCUGUCCCGCUGAGCCCCAUGCUUCUGCGAGCGAAGGACCCGGACAGUCCCCUCCAGGCUCUGAUCAUCCAGCUGGUGCGGCGUCCCACAAACGGCCGUCUGGUCCUUUUCGGUGGCGGGGAGUUGGUGGAGGCGGGGGCCCGAGAGCUGACAGACGAAGACACCUUCGCCUGGAAGGAGUUGGAACGAGGCCAUGUUCGCUUUGAACACCUAAAGGACAAAGCCAGAACUGGAGAGUUUGUUCUGCGUGUGGCCGACCCUCAGCUGCUUUCGCAAAGUGAAACGGUUCACGUUCAAGCUCUCUCCAUGCAGGCUCCGAGGGUCCUGACCCUAGCUCCCUUGCCCGUGGACGGUCCCGGUGCCGUGGCGACCAUCACCAAGUCAAUCCUGCUGCUCGACGACGCCGACAACCCGGCAGACGUCCUGGUCAUGGUGCUGGAGCCGCCCCGUCACGGCCGCCUGACCCGCGUCCACGGCGAGCACGCCCUGAGCCGCUUCAAGCUGGAGGAGCUGUCCCGGGAGCAGGUGCAGUACGUGCACGACGGCUCCCGGGCCGCGGAGGACCACGUGGUGCUGCAGGUCAAUGACGGACACAGCUACCAGAACGUUCUUCUGCAAGUCCACAUCAGCCAGAAGGCGUCCCACUCGCCUCACCUGCUAUCCGUGCCCCUCACCUGGGUGAAGGAGGGCGGCAUGGUGCGACUGAAUAAGAAAUACCUGCAGGCUGACUACAAGGGGGUCAGCACUGACAACAUAGUUUACAGCAUUCUGCCCUCGGAUGGAAAGCCCAAAUACGGUGAGGUGGUGCUGGUGUCCAUGCCGGCCGACGGCCCCCCGGAAGGAUGGAGCCCGUCGCUAACGGACGAGCGAGGCUUCACCAGCACAACCUCCUUCACCCAGCAGGACGUCAACGACGGCACCGUCUGGUACCGCCACUUUGGCGCCGGGGCCGGCAGCGACUCUUUCCAGUUCCAGGUGUCCACUGAGGCGUCCCCGGCCACACGGACUGAUGCACAGACCUUCACCAUCGGAGUCCUACCACAAACCCCAGGAUUCCCUCAGCUUGACCCAGACUGUGACCUGCAAGUCACGGCUCUGGAGGAUCGUGUGACGGAGAUUUCAUCCUCAGCUCUGUCCUUCAUUGACUCUGAGACUUCCAGUGAUCAACUCAUCUACAACAUCACCAAACCUUUACCAACAGGACAAGGGGCCAUUGAGCACCGGGACAGACCGUACAUUGCGGUCAAACACUUCACCCAGGCGGACAUCGACAACGGCAAGAUCAUUUACAGACCCCCCCAGGCUCCUUCACACCUGCAGGAGCUCUACCAGUACUCUUUCAUUGGUCUUCCCGAGUCGCUGAGCGUCUAUUUCACAGUGUCUGACGGCGAGCACACGACUCCCGAGUUAGACUUUGCCGUCCUGCUGCUGUCCAACCACCAGCAGCCGCCCAUGUUUCAGGUGCUGGACCCGCUUCUGGAAGUCAGCAUGGGGGGCCAGGCCACCGUGGGCGGUCAGCACCUGGCGGUGAGCGACGCCGACACGUCCCCCGACGAGCUGGAGUUCGAGCUGGUGGAAGCGCCCAUCCAUGGCGAGCUGGUCAAAAACGAAGGCGGCGCUCACACCAGCAUGACAAACGGCGAUGUCUUCACCUUCGGCGACGUCACCCGCAACGUUCUGUUGUACCGCCACGCCGGGCUCUCCGGCCAGGACGACGCCAUCACCUUCUCUGUCAGCGACGGCAUCUCCAUGGCGACCACGGUGGUGCAGGUGGCGGUGCUGGGCGCCCGCGGCGACGGGCCGCAGCGAGACCCCGCCGCCAGUCUUUCCCUGGAAGUGGGCAAGCAAAGCAGCACGGUCAUCAAGCGCUCACACCUGGCCUACACUGACGACUCGUCCCCGGACGACCAGAUCCGAAUCCAGCUGGUGUCCGUGCCCAUGUACGGCCUCUUGACCAGGACUCAGGCACAGCAGGAGCCUCAGGAACUGAGGGAGUACUCCACCUUCACCAUGGAGGACAUCAACCGCAGCACCGUCAGGUACGUCACCUCCUUGGAGACGGGCGACCAGCCGAUAACGGACAUCUUCCACUUUGUUGUCUACGAUUCUGACAACCGUCGUCUUGACAACCAGAUGUGCACCAUCACCAUCACCUCCACACCCAGACAGCCGCCAGUGGUCACCGUGCGCAGCGGCAUCAAGGUCCAAGAAGGCGGUCGGGUGCAGCUGUCGACCAAUCACAUCAUCGUAUCGGACCAGGACACUCCCAGGAAGAACCUGCUGGUUUGGCUGGUCAGCCCCCCCAAGUACGGCUUCAUUGAAAACACCAAGCAAGGCGGGGCAGUGGGCGGCUCCCGGGUCGUCACGCCCGACGCUCCUUUCUCCGUGGACGACCUCAGCUCGGAGCACAUCUUCUACGUGCAGCGCAAAGGUCAGCGAGCGCAGCAGGACGCCUUCAGCUUCUACAUCAGCGACGGACACAGCCAGACGGAGGCCUUCUACGUGGAAAUCGACAUCCAGGGGAAGCAGGAGAGCGAGCCUGUGGUGUCGGUGAGCAGCAUCCACGUGGAGGAGAACUCCGGAGUGGUCAUCACCAACUCGUCCCUCAGCGUCCUGGAUCAGGACACGCCUGAGAACGAGAUCCUGUUCACCAUCAUCAGAAAGCCUUCCUACGGAAAACUCCGCAGACGUCAGUUCUACGCACAGCCCUUAGAGAACGGCCGUGUGCUCUCGCAGGGUUCCACCUUCACCUACCAGGAUGUCCUGGAUCGGCUGCUCGUCUACACACCCGACACCGUCAGCGGCGGCUCGGACGAAAUGGUCUUUACCGUCACUGAUGGCGUCCACACGCACACGGGACACUUGCAGUUCACCAUGGACGUCACCAGGAGCGAAGGGCCUCGCAUGACGGUCAACAGAGGACUGCAGCUGCCGGCCGGCUCUUCAUCUAAGAUCAGUGAGCAGAACCUGAAGGGUACCGAUUUGGACUCUGACAGCCUGAAGCUCAGAUAUGUUCUGACCAAAGACCCUCCCAGCGGCAAAGUCCUGCUCAGCAAAAGUGGACACAUGGAGAAGGUGUCAGUCAAAGGUCCCACGCGGAGCUUCACUCAGGAGGAUGUCAACAAAGGCCUGGUGCAGUACAGCCAUGAGAAAGGUGAGAAGGGAGGCAGUCUGUCUUUCAAGUUCAACCUGGUGGACCCUGAAGGCAACAAACUGAUCGACCAGUCCUUCUUCAUCAGCGUGCUGGAGGACCGCCUCCCUCCGUCGGUGGUGGUCAACAAAGGUCUGGUCCUGGAUGAGAACACCUUGAAGAAGCUGACCACGCUGCAGCUGUCCGCCAGCGACCAGGACAGCGAGCCCAGCGAGCUUGUCUUCCGCAUCACCAAGCAGACCAGCCUGGGACACCUGGAGCACGCCACCAGUCCUGGCACCCGCAUCGAGACGUUUACGCAAGCCGACCUUGCGUCACGCAGCAUCCAGUACGUUCACACCAGCGAGGAAGAAAAGCACGCGGACCAGUUCUCCUUCACCGUGUCGGACGGCACCAACGAGGUGGCCCAGACCUUCUACGUCACCAUCAAACCGGUGGACGACUCUCUGCCGCUGCUGCUUGUCCCUGGCAUGAGGGUGCAGGAGGGAGUCAGGAAGACCAUCACAGAGUUUGAGCUGAAAGCCACCGACGCCGACACAGAGGCCGAGUCCAUCGUCUUCACCGUGGUGCAGCCCCCUCGCCACGGCACCAUCGAGCGCACCAGCAACGGGCAGCACUACAGGCAGACGGGCAGCUUCAGCAUGGACGACGUCUACCAGAACCGCAUCAGCUACAACCACGAUGGCUCCAACUCGCUCAAGGACCGCUUCAGUUUCACGGUGGCCGACGGCACCAACCUGCUCUUCAUGGUGGAAGACGGCGGCAAGGAGAUUGUGACGGCGGCCCCCCAGAAAUUUAAGAUCGACAUUCUUCCGGUGGAUGACGGAACUCCUCGUAUCGUCACCAACCUGGGCCUGCAGUGGCUGGAGUACAUGGACGACAAGGCGGCCAACCUCAUCACCAAGAAGGAGCUUCUGACCAUGGACCCGGACACGGAUGACGGCCAGCUGGUAUACGAGGUCACCACGGAGCCCAAACACGGUUUCCUGGAGAGCAAAGCCAAGCCCGGCAGCCGCGCCGGCACCUUCACACAGGCUGACAUCAACCUGGGCCUGAUCCGCUACGUGCUCCACCAGGAGAGCGUCCAGGAGACCAUGGACACCUUCAAGUUCCUGGUGAAGGACAGCAAACCCAACGUGGUCAGCGACAACGUCUUCCACAUCCAGUGGUCCCUCAUCAGCUUUGAGCACCAAAGCUACAACGUGACGGAGAAGGCCGGCACCGUGGCGGUGACGGUGAAGCGGACGGGUAACCUCAACCAGUACGCCAUCGUGCUGUGUCGCACCGAGCAAGGCAGCGCCACCUCCAGCAGCAGCGUGGGCUCGCGGCCGGGCCAGCACGACUACGUGGAAUAUGCCGGACAGGUCCAGUUUGACGAGCGCGAGGACAUCAAGGUGUGCACCAUCAUCAUCAACGACGACCAAGUGUUUGAGGGCAUGGAGAACUUCCACGUGGAGCUGAGCAUGCCCGUGUACGCCCUGCUGGGCGGGAACACGCGAGCCGUGGUCAACAUCAACGACACCGAGGACGAGCCCACGCUACAGUUCGACAAGAAGACGUACCACGUCAACGAGAGUGUCGGUCUCGUCCACGCGCCCGUUGAGAGAAAAGGCGACACGUCCAGCACCGUUUCGGCUCUCUGCUACACGGUGGCAAAGUCGGCUCAGGGCAGCAGCCUCCACGCUCUGGAGUCCGGCUCCGACUACAAGAGCCGCGGGAUGAGCUCGGACAACCGCGUGGUCUUCGGCCCAGGCAUCAGCAUGUCCACCUGCGACGUCAGGCUGAUAGACGACAGCGAGUACGAGCUGUCUGAGGAGUUCGAGCUGGUGCUGUCGGACGCCUCGGAUAACGCCCGCGUGGGAGACGUGACCGUGGCCAAGGUGGUCAUUGACGGACCCAACGACGCGUCAACUGUUUCUGUGGGGAACGCCACGUUUACUUUCAGCGAAGAUGCCGGAACAAUUGAAAUUCCUGUGCUGCGCCACGGCAGCGAUCUGUCCUCAGUGACUUCUGUGUGGUGUGCAACCCGACCCUCUGAUCCACCCUCAGCCAGCCCGGGCGUUGACUACAUCCCCAGUUCCAAGAAGGUGGAGUUCAAGCCUGGAAAAACGGAAGAGACAUGCAGUUUGACCAUCAUGGAUGACGUCCAGAAUCCGUCCAUUGAGGGCUCUGAGUCCUUUGUGGUCUUCCUCAGUUCUCCACAAGGGGCUGUCCUCCAAGAGCCGUACGAGGCCAACGUCGUCAUCACUGAUACCUUCCAGGACAUUCCCAGCAUGCAGUUUGAGAAGAGCGCCUACACGGUGAAGGAGCGAGAUGGCACCUUGCACAUCCCCAUCAUCCGUACGGGCGACCUGUCCUUCAAGUCGUCGGUGCGAUGCUUCACCCGCACAAUGUCAGCCAUGGUGAUGGACGACUUUGAGGAGAGGAGGAACGUGGAUGAGUUCGGCAUCACAUUCCUGCGCGGGGAGAAGGUGAAGAACUGCACGGUUCAUGUAAUGGACGACUCUGUGUUUGAGCCCGAAGAGGAGUUCCAGGUGCACCUCGGGACGCCGCAGGGAGACCACUGGAGUGGCGCCAUGAUUGGUGAACGGGACAUCGUCACCAUCACCAUCACCAAUGAUGAAGAUGCGCCCACCAUCGAGUUUGAGCAAGCGUCCUAUCAGGUCAGAGAGCCUCCGGGUCCAGACGGCAUCGAGGUGCUCAACAUCAAAGUGAUCCGGCAUGGAGAUCUGGAUCGUACCUCCAAGAUCCGCUGCAGCACCCGAGAUGGCUCAGCCCAGUCAGGAGUAGACUACAAUCCCAGGAGCAGAGUUCUCAAAUUCACCCCUGGGAUGGACCACAUCCUCUUCAAGGUGGAAGUUGUGUCCAACGAGGACAGGGAGUGGCACGAGUCCUUCUCGGUGGUCCUUGGCCCUGAUGACCCGGUGGAGGCGGUGCUUGGGGAGAUCACUACAGCAACGGUGACCAUUCUGGACCAGGAGGCUGCUGGAAGUCUUAUCCUCCCCGCACCACCUAUUGUGGUCUCCCUUGCCGACUACGAUCACGUCCAGGAGGUGACCAAGGAGGGAAGUAAGAAGACUCCCUCCCCGGGUUACCCCCUGGUGUGCGUCACGCCCUGCGACUCCCACUACCCCAAGUACUUGGUGAUGAAAGAGCGCUGCGAGGAGGCGGGCAUCAACCAAACACAGGUGCACUUCUCCUGGGAGGUGGCAGCGCCCACCGACACCAACGGAGCCCGCUCGCCCUUCGAGACGGUCACGGACACAACGCCAUACACCAGCGUCAACCACAUGGUCCUGGACAGCAUAUACUUCAGCCGACGUUUCCACGUUCGCUGCGUGGCGCAAGCUCGAGACAAGGCGGGCCACCUCGGGACGCCGCUCAGGAGCAACAUCGCCACCAUUGGCACUGAGGGCUCCAUCUGCCACACGCCCGUGACCACCGGAACUGCCAGAGGUUUCCAGGCUCAGUCCUUCAUCGCAACACUCAAAUACUUGGACGUCAAACACAAAGAACACCCCAACAGGAUCCAUAUCUCAGUGCAGAUCCCGCACCAGGACGGUAUGCUCCCCCUGGUGUCAACCAUGCCGCUGCACAAUCUGCACUUCCUGCUGUCAGAGUCCAUCUACCGACAGCAGCACGUCUGCUCCAACCUGGUCACCCUCAAAGACCUGCAGGGCCUCUCUGAGACGAGUUUCCUGGACGACGUGUCCUACGACAGCAUUUCCCUGGGGCCAGGUUACGACCGCCCCUACCAGUUCAACCCUACCACGCGGGAGCCCAAAAGCAUCCAGCUGUACAAGCACCUCAAUCUCAAAAGCUGCAUCUGGACCUUCGACGCCUACUACGACAUGACGGAGCUCAUCGACGUCUGCGGGGGUUCUGUCACCGCCGACUUUCAGGUGCGGGACUCGGCUCAGUCCUUCCUCACAGUUCAGGUCCCGCUCUACGUGUCCUACAUCUACGUGACGGCACCCAGAGGCUGGGCUUCUCUGGAGCACCACACGGAGAUGGAGUUCUCCUUCUUCUACGACACCGUGCUCUGGAGGACAGGCAUCCAGACGGACAGCGUCCUCUCUGCCAGACUGCAGAUCAUUAGGAUCUACAUCCGCGAAGACGGACGGCUCGUAAUCGAGUUUAAAACACACGCCAAAUUCAGAGGCCAGUUUGUCCCAGAGCACCACACCCUGCCUGGACACAAGUCCCACCUGCUGGCACCAGACCACCUUGGAGGCAUCGAGUUUGACAUCCAGCUGCUGUGGAGCGCUCAAACCUUUGAUUCUCCUUACCAGCUGUGGAGGGCCACCAGCUCCUACAGCAGGAAGGAUUAUUCCGGAGAGUACACUGUCUUCUUGAUCCCCUGCACCGUCCAGCCCACUCAGCCGUGGAUUGAUCCUGGGGACAAACCUCUGUCCUGCACGGCUCACGCUUCAGAGAAGUUUUUGGUGCCCAUCGCCUUCCAGCAGACCAACCGGCCCGUCCCCGUGGUCUACUCCUUGAACACGGAGUUCCAGCUGUGCAAUAAUGAGAAGGUCUUCAUGAUGGACCCGGCCUCCGCUGACGUCACGAUGGCCGAGAUGGACUACAAGGGCGCCUUCUCCAUGGGUCAGACUCUGUACGGCCGCGUGCUCUGGAACCCCGACCAGAACCUGAAUGCGGCCUACAGGCUGCAGCUGGAAAAGGUGUACCUGUGCACCGGCAGGGACGGCUACGUUCCAUUCUUCGAUCCGACGGGGACGCUGUACAACGAGGGGCCGCAGUAUGGCUGCAUCCAACCCAACAAGCACCUCAAACACCGCUUCCUGCUGCUGGAUCGCAAACAGCCGGAUGUGUGUGACAAAUACUUCCAUGAUGUCCCCUUCGAGGCAAACUUUGCUUCGGACAUCACAGAGUUGAACCCGAUGGCCGCAAUGCCGGGCGUGGACGGCUUCAUCAUGAAGGUGGACGCUCUCUACAAGGUGGAGGCGGGGCAUCAGUGGUACCUGCAGGUCAUUUACGUCAUCAGCCCAGAGUCGCGCUCCAGUCCCAGGAUCCAGCGCUCGCUCGCCUCCAAGCUGAGCCGCCCCAAACGAGACCUGGUGGACCGCAGCGGGCGGCUGACGCUGGACGAGUCGCUCAUCUACGACAACGAGGGCGACCAGGUGAAGAACGGCACCAACAUGAAGUCCCUCCGGCUGGAAAGCGGACCCUCGGGCACCUUCACGGCUCACGUGGGCAGCUCGGUGGGGGGGGGCGUGGCCGCCCUCACCCUGCUGGUCCUGGUCCUGCUGGCCUCCUGCUUCCUGUUCCGACGCUGCCGCCGCUCGGCGCAGAGAACGACGACGGCGAAGAGCAAGAAGGCCUACGAGGAGUACCCCCUCAACACCAAGGUGGAGGUGUGCAUGGACAAGUGCGUGGAGAAGAACUUCAGCAGCAAACACUGCACCGUCACCAACAUCAACAUCCUCAACCGCAACCAGGAGGCUAGCAGCAAGGUCAAACAAGUCAACCUGGACGUCAAGCUCCACAACAACCUCAACGACGGCACCGAGGUGUGAAAAUGGAGUUUGUGUGAAAAAAAAACAAAAAGGUAUUUUCUUACAUCCACGACAUAUUUGCUAAUGUAUUUUUGUACCACUUUGAAAAGGGAAGCGCGCGUUUGAAAUUAGCAUGGCAGCGUUUUCGUUGACUUUGUCACAACUGGGCUACCUCACACAUCCCUAAAAGCACGAAAAAACAUGGCAUCAUCCGCUUCAUCUCCGCUUGUGGACGUCUUGGCCUUGUCCGCACGAGAGCAGGUACUUCUAAAAACGCAGUAACGAUAACCGGGGUGUCCAAACCUUUUCCAGCGAGGGCCACACACUGAAAAAUUCUUCCAUUUUGUAAAGCAACACAUGUGGAUACGCUAACAAGUUCUACAUAUUUCAAGCAAAAACCGCAUCUCAGCUUUGUGGUAUACCGUAGGUGAAAAAGCCUUUUAUUAAUAUCAACUUUGCUCUUUGCGCUUUUUUUCCCCGUUUUUUAUGGAUUUUUUUUUUUUUCAGUUUUCCCAAUAUUUAAAGUUCUCUCCUCCAAUAAUCUUUUGAAAUAUUUGGAUGUUAUUUAAUUUUAUUACCAUAAUAUUAUAAUUUAUUCCCCAGGCAAAUUUUCCAAAAAUGACAACUUUAUUUUGCUUUGUUUGGUUCUCCUAAUAUUGCAACUUGGAAAAAAUGCUUCUUCAAUAUUUCAGCUACUGAAGUUACGUUAUUUUUUUCUUGUAAUUUAUGAGUUUAUUCUCAUAAAAUUUACACUUUUUUUCUUGUUGGAAUACGACUUUUUUUCUCUCAAUAUUUUGACUUUAUUCUCGUGAAAUUACAGCUGUUUUUUCCCCGCUGUUGGCUUUUUUUUUCAUUUUUUUUAAACUGUCUUUUCCUAAUUAUGACUUUAUUUCCAUAGCAAUAUAUAGAGAAUUUUUCCCUCAGCAAAUUUUUAUUUUUAUUUUGUUUUGUUAGUUUCUCAUAAUCUAAAACACAAUUUCUCUUUGAUAUUUCAACUCUCCUAGUAAUUUACGGCUUUGUUCUCGUAAAAUUGCGACUUAAAAUUAGACUUUUUUCUCAUAAUAAAUUACAGCUGUUUUUUGUUUUUUAUUUCUGCUGUUGUUUUUUUUUUUUUCAAGUAUUUCAACUGUCCUGUUGUAAUUAUGACCUCAUUGCCAUAAUAUUUUGACUUUAUUCACAUAAUAUUGAAAGGUAUUCCCCAAGCAAAUUUUCCAAAAAGGACAACUUUAUUUUGUUUUGUUUCUCAUAAAUUACGACUUUUACAAAAAUUACGUAAUUUUACUUUGACAUUUCAACGACGGAAAUGACAUUAUUUUUCCUUGUAAUUUACGAGAACAUUUGUGCAAAAUUACACAUUUUUUUGUGGAAUAUUUUGACUUUAUUCUCAUAACAGUUUUUUUUUUUCAUUUCUUGUACUAUUUUGAAUUUAUUCUCAUGAGAUUACAGCUGUUUUUUUCCAUCUCUGCUGUUUUUUUCAUCUAUUUCAACUUUCUUCAUUGUAAUUCUGAUUUUAUUCCCAUAAUAUUUUGACUUUAUGUUCUUUAACUUUAACUUUAAUUUCUUUAUUUUUUUUUUUACUUUUUUCACAACCUAAUUUUCCAAAAAUUACAACUUUAUUAAUUUUUUUGUGUGUUUUUCAUAAUAUUACAAUUAAAAAAAAAAAAACGUCUUUCAUAUUUCUACUUUAUGCUACUAAAAGAGGUUAUUUUUCCUCACGAUAUUCCUGUAAAAUUACUUAAUUAAUUUAAUUUUAACUGAAUUUUCCAAAAAUGACAACUUUAUUUUUGUUUUGUUUAUUUGUCAUAAUGCUACCCACUUGAAAUUUUUUUUUUAAAUAUUUCAACUCCUAAAAUUAUUUUUCCUCAUAAUUUUUUUGUUGUUAGAUUACCACUUUUUUCAUAAUUUUUUUACUUCAUUCUUGUAAAAUUACUGCUGAUUUUGUUUCCUAUUUUGCUGUCUUUUUUGUUUGUUUUGUUUAGUUUUCUUGUUAAGUUAUAUUUUUAGAAUUUAAAAAAGACAGGCGGACUUUGGCACCCUAGAUUUAUUAUAUCUCAUUAAUAAUCAAUUUCAUUUUCACAGCCAAGCUUUUGGCAUCCCUGACAUAUAGCAAGCUAUUUUUUUAUACUUUAAGAAUCAUCGGUAGUGUCUGAGUACAACAGAGUACUAGGGGCACAUUGCAAAGAAAAAAAAAAAUUGGAGGUUUUGAGAAUAAAGUCGUAAAUUUACAACAAAAAAACCUCAUAAAUUUAGUAGAAUAAGUAAUACAUUUGCUAGAAAAAAAGUUGUACAUUUACGAGAAUUGACAAAAAAGUCGUAAUAUAACAAUAAUAAAGUUGUAAAUGUCAGACUGACACGUAUGACUCAGUGACACAUCAUAUUACGACUUUAUUCUCCUAAAUGUAGGACUUUAUCCUUGUAAUGUUACCACUUUUUUAUUGUAAAUUUAUGGCUAUAUUGUCGUUAAUUUACUAAUUUAUUCUCGUAAGUUUAUGAGUUUAUUCCCCUAAAUGUAUAGUUUUUAUUCUUGUAAAUUUCCAACUAUUUUAUUGUAAAUUUACAACUUUUUUCUCAUAAAUUUACGACGUUAUUCUGCAUUUAUUCUGGUAAAUUUACGAGUUUAUUCCUGUAAAUGUACAAUUUUUAUUCUCGUAAAUUUCCAACUCAAUUCUCCUAAAUUUAUGACUUUAUUCUCGUAAUAGUAUGACUUUUUAAUUGUAAAUUUACAACUUUAUUCUCAUAAAUUUCCGACUUUAUUCUCGUAAAUUUAUGACUUUUUUCUCGUAAUUUUACGAUUUUAUUCUGGUAAUAUUACAACUUUUUUAUUGGAAAUUGACGACUUUGUUCUUGGAAAUUUACGACUUUAUUCUACUAAGUUUACGACUUUUUUGUGUGAAUUUACAACUUCAUUCUCGUAGGUUUAUGAAUUUAUCCUCGUAAAUGCACAACUAUUAUUUUCGUAAAUGUACAACUUUACUCUAGUAAAUUUACAAAGUUUUUUUCUAGUAAAUUUCUAGUAAAUUUACGACUUUAUCCUCAUAAAUUUAUUACUUUAUUCUCGUAAUAUUCCGACUUUUUUAUUGGAGAUUUACAACUUUAUUCUCAUAAAUUUACGACUUUUUUCUCGUGAAUUUACAACUUUAUUCUCGUUAAUUUAUGACUUUUUUUCUUGUAAUUUUACGAAUUUAUUCUCGUAAUAUUACGACUUUUUUAAUCGGAAAUUGACAACUUUGUUCUCGGAAAUUCACAACUUUAUUCUAGUAAAUUUACGACUUUUUUCUCGUGAAUUUACGACUUCAUUCUCGUAGGUUUAUUAAUUUAUUCUCAUAAAUGAACAACUUUUAUUCUCGUAAAUGUACAACUUCACUCAAAUUUACGGCUUUUUUUCUAGUAAAUUAUGUAAAUUUCUAGUAAAUUUACAACUUUAUUCUCGUUAUUUACAACUUUUUUCUCAUAAAUUGACAAACUUAUUCUUGUAAAUUUGUGAGUUUAGUCCUGCAAAUGUACAAUUUUUACUCUCGUAAAUUUCCGACUUUAUUCUCCUAAAUUUAUGACUUUAUUCUCGUAAUAUUACGACUUUUUAUUGUAAAUUUACAACUUUAUUCUCGUACAUUUCUGACUUUAUUCUUGUCAAUUUCAGAUUUUUUUUCUCGUAAUUUUACAAAUUUCUCUCGUAAUAUUACAAGUUUUUUAUCGGAAAUUCACGACUUUAUCCUAGUAAAUUUACGACUUUUUUCUCGUGAAUUUACAACUUCAUUCUCAUAAAUUUAUGAAUUUAUUCUCGUUAAUGCACAACUUUUUUUCUCGUAAAUUUCCGAGUUUAUUCUUGUCAAUUUAUGAAUUUCUUCCCGUAAAUGUACAACUUAUGUUCUCCGAAAUGUACGACUUUAUUCUCAUAAAUUUACGACUUUAUUCCAGAAAUCUCCAGAUGUAUUUAUUUUUUCCAGUGUGGCCGUGACCCUCCGUCGUACAGGACAAAGCGUAAAGCUCUCUUUGAUCACGUAGUCCAUUUCUGAAGACGUUUAUUACAGAUUCAAGAUGUUUUUUGGCCUUAGAGACGAGAACAAUGUUGUUUGGAAGUACCUGUCUCCGUGUGGCACAUCGCCUUUUCGUCGGUCCACCACAAAUGUGACCGGUAGCUCAGAUUCUCCUGUAUAGAGUCAUUUCACUGGGGGGGGGGCACACUAUUUGUCGACACAAACUGUGACACAAGUUGAAAGUACUGUGCUUUAUGCGGCUGAGGCUGAAUGGGUGACACAAAAUCAACCAAUCAAGUGCAAUUAAGCCAUCGUCUUGUGCCAUUAGUUGCAUUUUUAUGAUUCUUGCAUCCUUUUUUUCUUUACUUCAUAAGAUGUCUUCUUUUACUUUUGCUAUUUGCGUUUCAAACGAAGUGAAAAUGUGUUUCAAAUCAGCAUUAUCGGCGUUUAUGUGUUAUAUUGAUCAUAAAUCUGCAUCUACUUGAUCUACUGUGGGUAUAUCAUAUCCAAACGAUAUUUGGAAUGAAUGUUCUGAGCUCCUGUUUCCAUGCCAUUGUGGUGUGAAUUGGAAUAAUGCCACAGUGUGGGGGUGUGGUUGAGACUGGGUCAGCAGCGCCUCUGCUGGUGACGGCUUAGUAUUGCAAUCAGUGGGUUCAUUCAUGGCUCAUCCAGGGUGCGACCCCCGGGUUCAUUGUGUUUUCGGCGAGUUCUGUCAUCAGCAAAAUGCAAAAGAACGUGCUGGAAAAUAUAAAACAUACAUUUCACGUUUAUUAGCACCAAGUUAAAGUUCACAGUGACAUUUUCUUAGCCUCCAUUGUGCGUAUUCUUCUAGAAGAAUGGGAUGUCACGUGGCUAAAAUGCAUCGAUGUCGGUGUACCGGACGCAGCGUUGAUGGGAAGCGUAUUUUUAUACACCCCUCACAACUUCCUACGCGAUUGUAACCAAUCAAAAGCGGCGCCUUACUGAGACUCACUUUGGAACAAGCACAUUUUCUACGGCGCGUGUGUGCGUGUGUGCGUGUGCGUGUGCGUGUGUAGUUUGCCUUCGUUCCACCCAAAGACGCUCUUUUUCUACUUAGCCUCCCGUGUCUUUCUGAUGUUUUUUAAUGCUGUUAUGUGACCACCUUAGCCCUUUUUUUGGUUUUCUUUUUAAAAUAAUAAGUUUUAUGCUACUGAUGUGUCGAGUUCAUUUCCUGCUGAGACGCUGCAAAGCAAACUACACACGAAAAUCUCACUUCCUGUCUUUUUUUUCCGACUGCGUGCCUACAAAACCGCUCCAGAAUGAAGCAAUUCUGGGAAAUCGCAUUACAUGUUUGGUGCUAUGAUGAUUUUUGAUGAAAAUAACCACGACGCUACUGAUUUCAACGCCUGUAUUUGGUGCCUUUUUUUAGUCAAUAAAGAAACUUUGAA